UGCCAUUAAAGGUAGCAUUCGGAUCAGUAUGAAGGAUGUGAUGGGAAUGGGAAAACAGGAACGUUCCUUGCCCCCGCCCCCCCCCUUUUUUUUCUUCCACCAAGUAGAAACAGAUCCAGUCCAGGUUUUCCGUUCGACUUCGUCUCUGAAUUUCGGCUGUGCACUAAGUAGCACGUUUCUCCCUCUCCCCUCCUUUCUCUUUUCCUCUAGCCUCCAGGAUUCCUCUUUUCCUAUUUCAGGAGGACUCUCUCACAGGCUCCCUCAGCCUGUGUGAAACUGAGGUUUCCUCUGGAACCCGUAUAUCCCCAACACAUACCUCCACGCAGACACAUCCCCAAGACCCGCGCUCGCACCGACACACACGCGCGCACACACUCGCGCUCGCCCGUCCACCUCCCUCCCGGGAGAGCCGGCGCGCGUCCCCACCUCCGCCGCACACUUCGGCCAGUCGAGCUCGCAGCGCUCUAGGAUUCUGCGGCUCGGAACUCGGAUCGCGGCUCGGAACCCUCAUGGUGGAUUUGGAAACAUUUCCUUCUCUCUCUCGUUCUGAUUGCACCCUUUUCGACCUGGGGGGCUAGAGGAGCCAGGCGGCUGCUCUCCCAGCCAGUCCCGGUUGGCUUGCCAUCUCCAUCUGGCUUAUAAAAGUUUGCUGAGCGCGGUCCAGAGGGCUGCGCUGCUCGUCCCUCUGGCGGGCUUUCGGCUCGAGGGGCAAGGUGAAGAGCGCACGGGCCGAGGGGCUGACCGAGCUGGAUUUGCAUGGUGCACCAUGCCUUCUUGGAUCGGGGCUGUGAUUCUUCCCCUCUCCGGGCUGCUGCUGUCCCUCCCGGCCGGGGCGGAUGUGAAGGCUCGGAGCUGCGGCGAGGUCCGCCAGGCGUACAGCGCCAAGGGAUUCAGCCUGGCGGACAUCCCCUACCAGGANNUUGCAGGGGAGCACUUACGAAUCUGUCCUCAAGAAUAUACCUGCUGCACCACAGAAAUGGAGGACAAGCUCAGCCAGCAGAGCAAACUGGAGUUUGAAAACCUCGUGGAAGAGACUAGUCACUUCGUGCGCACUACCUUCGUGUCCAGGCACAAGAAGUUCGAUGAAUUUUUCAGAGAACUCCUAGAAAAUGCAGAAAAGUCACUCAAUGAUAUGUUUGUACGGACCUAUGGGAUGCUGUACAUGCAGAAUUCAGAAGUGUUCCAGGACCUGUUCACAGAGCUGAAGAGAUACUACACUGGAGGCAAUGUGAACCUGGAGGAGAUGCUCAAUGACUUCUGGGCUCGGCUCCUGGAACGGAUGUUUCAGCUGAUAAACCCGCAGUAUCACUUCAGCGAGGACUACCUGGAAUGCGUGAGCAAAUACACAGACCAGCUGAAGCCGUUUGGAGAUGUACCCCGCAAACUGAAAAUUCAGGUCACCCGCGCCUUCAUCGCUGCUCGGACUUUCGUCCAGGGGCUGACUGUGGGCAGAGAAGUUGCCAACCGAGUUUCCAAGGUCAGCCCCACCCCAGGGUGCAUCCGUGCUCUCAUGAUGAUGCUGUAUUGCCCAUACUGCCGAGGACUCCCCACCGUGAGGCCCUGCAACAACUACUGCCUCAAUGUCAUGAAGGGCUGUCUGGCAAACCAGGCUGAUCUGGACACCGAGUGGAAUCUGUUUAUAGAUGCAAUGCUCUUGGUGGCAGAGCGACUGGAAGGACCUUUCAACAUUGAGUCGGUCAUGGACCCUAUAGAUGUCAAGAUCUCUGAAGCCAUUAUGAACAUGCAAGAAAACAGCAUGCAGGUGUCUGCAAAGGUCUUUCAGGGAUGUGGCCAACCCAAGCCUGCUCCAGCCCUCAGGUCUGCCCGCUCAGCUCCUGAAAAUUUUAAUACACGUUUUAGGCCUUACAAUCCUGAGGAAAGACCGACAACCGCAGCAGGCACAAGCUUGGACCGGCUGGUCACAGACAUAAAAGAGAAACUGAAGCUCUCUAAAAAGGUCUGGUCGGCAUUGCCCUACACCAUCUGCAAGGAUGAGAGCGUGACAGCGGGCACGUCCAACGAAGAGGAAUGCUGGAACGGGCACAGCAAAGCCAGAUACUUGCCUGAGAUCAUGAAUGAUGGGCUGACCAACCAGAUCAACAAUCCUGAGGUGGACGUGGACAUCACCCGGCCCGACACUUUCAUCAGGCAGCAGAUCAUGGCUCUCCGAGUGAUGACCAACAAACUAAAGAAUGCGUACAAUGGCAAUGACGUCAACUUCCAGGACACAAGUGAUGAAUCCAGUGGCUCGGGGAGUGGCAGUGGGUGCAUGGAUGACGUGUGUCCCACAGAGUUUGAGUUUGUCACCACGGAGGCCCCUGCCGUAGAUCCCGACCGGAGAGAAGUAGACUCUUCUGCAGCCCAGUUCGGCCACUCCCUGCUCUCAGCGUCUCUCGUCUGCAUUGUCCUGGCACUGCAGAGACUGUGCAGAUAAUCCUGGGUUUUCGGUCAGAUGAAACUGCAUUUUAGCUAUUUGAACAGCCAACUCACUUCUUUUCUUACACGCUUGGACAAUGGACCAUGCCACAAAAACUUACCGUUUUCUAUGAGAAGAGCAGUACUGCACUCUGCCUCCCUUUUUGUUUUCCCAAAGAGUAACGGGUGCCAGGCUGGACUGCUUCCUCUUUCCUUUGCUAUCUGUGGGAACCUUGUCUAUUCUAGAGAAUUCUUACUCAAAUCUUUCUACCAGGAGAUUUUCUUACCUUCAUUUGCUUUUAUGCUGCAGAAGUAAAGGAAUCUCACGUUGUGAGUCAUCCCCGCCCCCUCCCCUUUACAACUUGAAAAAAAAAGUAGGAAUAAUAUUCUUCAUAAAAUCAGGCCAAACCCCAAGACAACUGCAUUUUCAA